AUGUAUAAUUUUGGGGAGUAUGAGGAUAUGUCCAUUUCUCCAUACUGGACAAGGGUUAUGGUGAUUGCAGUUCGGUCCUUUCGGAGUUCUACCAUGCUCCAGGUAAGUCCAUGUGGGUUGUUGCGUCCGUCUUGGGCCAAAACUGUUCCUCAGUCCAAUCCCAGAUCUCCAAGAAUUCCCGGACCUCAGAGAAAAGGGAAAGUGAGGGACAGCCGAGAGAAGACCGCAAGAACAGGCAUGGAGUUGAACAUUGUUAAUAUCUUAAGUUACAACACUUGU